CAUGCAGUAUGAGGCGUCCUAACAAGGGCGUACUUUUGGUUUUAUUUUCUGUCAAAUCGGGAGCGGGAGAUUUUGUUACAGACACACACUCACACGCAAAAAAGGAAGAAACUAUUGGGUUGCAGUGAACAUUUAAAGAUCCAUGGCAUUCCAGAUCCAAUUACCAAUUCCAGUUUCAGUUCCACUUUCAGUGCCACCAAGAAAAACAGACACUAUAAUACAAUGGAUCAUAGAAAACAAGACAGAAAAACUGGGCAAAUUAUUAAAAAGCAAAGAUAUUAAUGGACUAUACCCUUCUGAGGUCUGGAAUGAUGAUGUUACACUAUUAACCGCAGCUGUUUUAUGUAGAAAUGAAAAAAUCUGUUCCUAUCUUCUUAAAGAGGGAGCUGAUCCUAACAAACACUCCACAAAUGGAAAAACUCCUCUACAUUAUACAGCGUUUCAAGCUGGAGUUCCUCUGAGUAUUGUGAAAAGAUUACUUGCAGCAAAAGCUAACCCUAAUGGAUAUGGGCUACAAAUAUUUACUCCAUUGCAAUGUGCUGCUGAUAAAGGCCGUGAAGACAUUGUGAAGGCACUUAUAGAAGCUGGAGCGUUACCUGAAAGACACUAUGGGAGAUAUCCAGAGCUUGAUGAAAAAGUGGAAAGAAUAAUUAGUAAAAUAUCGUCACAGAGUGAAGAAUUUCAAAAAGUGCAUCAGUUUUUCUCUCUGUCUUGUGCUAUAUCAGUGAAAAAGCAUAAAGAAGUUUAUAGAAUCUAUAAGGAAGAUUUCUUUCAAGAGCACCCUUUUAUUCAUACAAUUCUGUUUGAGGUGUAUUUUGAUGUCAUUGGACAAGGAGCAGAGCAGUAUCAUCAGAGCGCCAUCAAGUGGUUAAAAGACACAAAGAGUGCAGACCGAUACAUCGAAGGAGUCAUCAAGCGCUUCCCAAAAAUCCCUCAGGAACACUGGAUUUAUCCACUGACCACGUUAAAUGCAGCUUUGUGUGUCAGCAAAAGAGUUUCUCCUGAAGUUUUCAGUGAGCUUGUGCCAAUUCUAACAAACAGUCUUCAGCCCUUUGAAAACAUGCAAGGAGAAAACAUUGAUCAUCUGGUACUGAAGAUACUCAAUGUCAUGAUGCAGAAGACGUCUGAGCAGAAACUGAGACUGAACCAUUCUGUCUAUGAGAAGCUAUGCAAAAGUCUGUUGCCUCUCACACAUUCAAACUACUCAAGCCUGAUUAGAUUGAUGACCUAUCGACUGUUUGUUUAUUUAAAUGACUUUGCUCCUGAGCUUGUUUCAUUGAGUGGAUUGUCUCCGGUUCCGGAAACAGUACUCCUCAAAGCAGAGACGGAAAUGGACGAAGCCAUGAAAAAGAAGCUGCAAAAGUUGGAUGAAUCACUGAAACAUCCAGCAGGUUCAAGCGCAGUGGAGAGUUUAUGUGAGGAAACCGCAGCUCUAUCAACACGCAGGAAGAAGAAAAAGAAGAAGAGGAAAAAGGGAUCACAAGAAGCUGAGCUGCAAGGUAAAGAAGAACCGUAUUCAGUCACUGAAGUGACAUCCAUUGAGGAAUCAACUUCAAGUGUGCAGCCAUUCCCACAGCCAACUGUGAUCCCAAAAGAGUGGAAUCAAACUAGCAUUCGUUGGAGGCCCAAGCUUGAGAAGCUAGCUAACAUUGGUGGUAGCAAGACAUACAGACUGGGAAAUCUUACUCUUGUUCUUAAUCCUGAAUAUCUUAUUGCUAAAGGAAGUGAUGGAACUGAAGUUUUCCUUGGAUUGAGGGACGACGGGACAGAGGUGGCUGUGAAACGAAUGAUUAAAUCUAACUACCAAGUCCUUAAAAAUGAGAAGGAAUUUCUUUGACUUCCAGAACUUGACAGUCCGUCCAUUGUGCGAUAUGUGGACUUUGCUGAAGAUGCCCAUUUUGGAUACCUUGUUCUUCAGCUUUGUGAGUACACACUGGAGGAAUAUAUCCAAGAUCAUUUACCAGAAGACAAGGAUGUGAGAUCUUUGGUUCUGGAGAAGCUGGUGAAGGAGGUUUUGUGCAGCUUACAGGUUUUACACGACCCACAAACCAAAGUCCUCCAUCGGGACAUCAAACCCCAGAAUGUGCUGAUUGACAUCAACGGAAAAGCUAGAUUGGCUGAUUUUGGCAUAAGUCGCAGACUUAAACAGAAUGAAACCACUUUGAGAACAAGCAUUGCCAGAACUAGAUGCUGGAAGGCAAAGGAGACCAUAGAUGAGGAGGUCAACACAGGGUGCAAGAGGAGCUCUGACAUUCAGGUUGCAGGGAUGUUAGUGUACUACAUUCUCUCUAGAGGACACCAUCCAUUUGGUAAAGGUGCUGCUUGUGAAUACAACAUUUUACAAGGAAAAUACUCACUGGAGUAUCUGGAUGAUGAUGUGGCGAAGGAUCUUAUUGAAUGGAUGAUCAAUGGAAAUCCAAACAACAGACCGACUGUUGAGCAGAGCCUUGCACACCCCUUCUUCUGGAGUGAUGAAAGGAGGGUCGAGUAUUUGAAAAAAAUUGGGAAUCAGAAUGAGGCAGAGAACUGCCGUAAAGUGGACGAGGAGCUUCUUCAUGCUGUUGAAAAAUUCACUGAGGGAAAAAGCUUUUCUCAAUGGAAGAAUAAAUUUCCGUCUGAACUGGUCCAGAAGCUGGAUGGAAAGAAGAAAGGCUAUCCUGAGAGCACACUAGGCCUGCUGCGUUUUAUACGCAACCUACAUGAGCAUUAUCCAGAGGAUGCAGAGAGCAUCAACCUGAUGGGUUUAUUCCCUGAUCUCUUUGGGAGCGUGUUCAGGUUUGCCAAGGAGAAAGGAUGGCACUCCAGAGCGAGUCUGAAAAAGUUCUUCAGCUCCGUUCAACAGAUUUAAUUCUUGUUGUUUUUGGUUAAAGCAGGUACAUUGAUCCUGCACUGAGUUUCAAGAGUGAGUUUAAAUGAAGGGUCGAUUUAGGACCCUCAUCCUUUGAUGAACUGAGAUUCAUCCCUCACACAAAUCGCUAAACCCAGACAAUCAAAAAACAUUCACACACAAUAUUUCUUAAACUGGAUGCUUUGUAUAAUUUCUGAUACUGCAUUAUGCCUGGUACACAGCUUCUUCAUAAGAGUAAUAAAUAUUCAUAUUAUCAGCCCAUAAAGGACUCAGCACACACACACAACACAUUUCAAGAGUUCACACUUAGCUCACGAUUUAUACAUAGCUUGUUUGGCGUGCUGUCCCGGGAGAGAGCCCUGAGCUCAAGGGAUCCUCGAGCCCAGGGCUCCCUCCUUUCACAGGGCGAGGGGAGACUGAGCUCAGAUCGAUCUGAAACUCCCCCGCUGCUGAGGCCAAGGUGAACUUCCUGAGAGUAAGACAUUAGAAAAAGAUUUAGGCUUAUUUUAUCUAACCAGGGAACCCGGGGAAACCCACACGGAGAACAUGCAAACUCCGCACAGGAACACCAGAUGGCCCAGUGAAGACCCAACGCCAUUGGUAUUCUAGCUGUGAGGCAAACGUGCUAGUCACUGGGCCACCGU